GGGAAGCGGCGUGAGAAGCCCGGGCGGCGAGCGGGGUCUCCCUGAGGAGGGGGCGACAUGGCCCUCCGCGGCCCCCAGUAUGUUUUUGGAGAUUUUACUCCUGAUGAGUUCAAUCAGUUUUUUGUGACUCCUCGUUCUUCUGUUGAGCUUCCACCAUAUAAUGAAACAAUUUUGUGUGACACUGAAACCCCAGAGGAACUGCAUGAUGUUCUCAGUGUCACAGGUACUUCCAUUUCAGUCCAUGCAACAUUGCAUCCUCGAAACAUCACGGAAUGGGUUGAAACAAAGAUGCGUGGAAGCAAAGUGGACUGUCAACUUAUAGGAGAAGAGUAUCAGCGAAUUGAGUUUGGUGUUACUGAAGUUAUUGAACAAGAUGAAUCUUUACUGAAUAACACUGACUACAGUAUUUCAAGCACACUGAAUCCUCAGGCCCCAGAGUUUAUUCUUGGUUGCACAACUUCCAAAAAGAACCAUGAUGACAUACACAAUGAAACCAACUACAACUCCAUCGACUGCCAGUUCACAAGCCCUGUGCUUGCUUUGGAUAAUGGUUCUAAUGCCGAAGCUGAAAAUAUAGAAAACGAUAGCCUUUCUGGCAGCCUUGGACAAAGGGAACGUAAAAAGAAGAAAAAAAGGCCACCUGGAUACUACAGUUAUUUGAAAGAUGGCAGUGACCAUAUCCCUUCAGAAGCCCUUGUAAAUGGUCAUGCAAAUUCAUCAGUACUGAACAGUAUAAGCACAGAGGAUACAGAAUUUAUGAGAAAUAUACCGUCAUCAGCUAGACCAAGGACUUGUAAUAGCCCUGAAAAUUCUGUGGACUUCAUCAGUGACACUGUGACUGAUGAUUCUUUUCCUAGAGCACUAGACAAUACCAGGACUGCAGGGCAGCCUGAGGUAUGCCAUGUUACUAAUUUUGAACAGUCUUGCAUCCCUUCAGAGGCUGGCAGGGGUAGCCCAUUAAGGACAGCUGUUGCACAGCCUUAUAUUGGUACUACUGAAAAUCUUGGAGUUGCUAAUGGACAAACACUUGAAUCCUCUGUCGAGGGCCCAGCUGCCAAUGGGGUAGAAUUGUACACUGUGGAAAGCACUGACUCAGAUCCAGCUAAGCAUGACAAUGCUUCACCUACUGCUGAAGUCACAACCCCUGUUACAGGAUCAGUUUCUGUUAAUCAACCUGCUAAAUCUUGGGCUAGCCUUUUUCACAAUUCUAAGCCCUCUGCUUCCACACCUGUGGCUUAUGUUGAAACUAAAUAUUCCCCUCCUGCCACAUCUGCUCUGGUCCCUGAAAAACAGGUUGAAGUCAAAGAAGGGCUUGUUCCAGUUUCAGAGGAUCCUGUAGCCAUAAAGAUUGCAGAGUUACUAGAAAAUGUAACGCUAAUACAUAAACCAGUAUCUUUGCAACCCCGGGGGCUGAUCAAUAAAGGAAACUGGUGCUACAUCAAUGCUACACUGCAGGCAUUGGUUGCUUGCCCCCCAAUGUAUCAUCUAAUGAAGUUCAUUCCAGUGUAUUCAAAAGUGCAACGGCCAUGCACAUCAACACCCAUGAUAGACAGUUUUGUUCGACUAAUGAAUGAGUUCACCAAUAUGCCAAUACCUCCAAAAGCCAAACAAGCUCUUGGUGACAAGAUAGUGAGGGAUAUCCGCCCUGGAGCUGCCUUUGAACCUACUUAUAUAUAUAGACUACUGACAGUUAUCAAGUCAAGCCUCUCUGAGAAGGGUCGACAGGAAGAUGCUGAAGAAUAUCUAGGAUUUAUUCUAAAUGGACUACAUGAGGAAAUGCUGAACUUAAAGAAACUUCUUUUACCAAAUAAUGAAAAAUUUUCAGUUUCCAAUGGACCUGAAGCACAGUCUGUACAUGAAGAUGAACAGGGGCAAGGAGAAGGUAGUGAGGAUGAAUGGGAACAGGUUGGUCCUCGGAAUAAAACUUCAGUCACUCGGCAAGCUGAUUUUAUUCAGACUCCAAUUACUGGCAUCUUUGGAGGACACAUAAGAUCUGUAGUUUACCAGCAGAGUUCAAAGGAAUCUGCCACUUUGCAGCCAUUUUUUACCUUGCAGUUGGAUAUCCAGUCUGACAAGAUACAUACAGUCCAGGAUGCAUUGGAAAGUCUGGUAGCAAGAGAAUCUGUCCAAGGAUAUACCACAAAAACCAAGCAAGAGGUUGAGAUUAGUCGGAGAGUGACCCUGGAAAAGCUCCCCCCCGUUCUUGUUCUGCACCUCAAACGGUUUGUGUAUGAAAAGACUGGUGGAUGUCAAAAGCUUAUCAAGAAUAUCGAGUAUCCUGUGGACUUGGAGAUUAGCAGAGAGCUGCUUUCUCCAGGUGUAAAAAACAAAAAUUUUAAAGGCCACAGAAACUAUCGACUUUUUGCAGUGGUCUAUCAUCACGGAAACAGUGCAACUGGUGGUCAUUAUACUACAGAUGUCUUCCAGAUUGGUCUGAAUGGCUGGUUACGUAUUGAUGACCAGGCAGUUAAAGUGAUUAACCAGUACCAGGUGGUGAAGCCUUCUGCUGAACGCACAGCCUACCUCCUGUACUAUCGCCGAGUUGAUCUGCUCUAAAACUUCUUUCUCUGUGCUGUGUGUGCAAGAUACCUGCUUUCUAGAAUACCAACUCUUACUAACUUUUUUUCCUCUCUCUAAUGGCUCUUUUGAGUGAAACUUUAUUUUUCCUUUGCAACUAUGGGAUAGAAUGGAAAAGAAACUAACUCUUGGAGUUUGUGCACAGCAUAGUUUACGUUGAUUUUUAACUUCCAAAUCAAAAUCAUUUGGUUGAAAGACUAUUGCUUGAUUUAAAAAAAAAAUACAAAAGCCCCUUUAUUUCUGAAUAAUGCUGAUUCCUGUGAUGAUAAAGGGGAUUUGCAUCUGAUUCCCAAUUUAAUUGCCUAGUAGAAGAAAUCCUGCACCAGCAACACAACUUGUGAAUUUCUGUGAGAAUGAAUUUUAUCUUUCCUUAUAAAAGUGAAAAACUUUUUAAAAUCCAACACCUUCUCCUCCCUACCCCCUUUAGUUUUUGAUAAAGGAAAAAAUAUGAGCCAGUUCUUAGAGGAGAAAGAGUUCUUACUUUAAAAAGAAAAUGUACAGAAAGAACAAAAAAUAAGUUGCUGGUUCUAAAUAGGAAAAAAAAAUUUUAAUAAUUAUGCGAUGGGAAACUGCUGAAGUAUACAUUGCAGAUCAAAUAUUUGGAGUUAAAAUGUUAGACUAAAUAGAUGGGUGAUUGUAACUUUAUUGCUAUUAAAGAUUUCAAACUGCAUUUAUGCUUCUGUGUACACAAGAUUUUAAAAUGGGCAAAAUAAUGAAGGUUGAUAUUUCUUUUGUCUGCUUUGUUUAAUUUUGCUGUCUGCUCUUCUCUAAUGUUGAGUUUCUAAUUGUACACAGUUUAGUGAUAUCUAGGAAUAUAAAGUUGUCGCCCAUCAAUAAAAAUCACAAAGUUGGUUUAAA